AUGAAGAAUGACAUAACAUCCAGAUAUCAGGCAUUGCCUUCACGGGUCGUCUCCUUGAUUAAACCUGUGUUACCUGAACAAACUGUGAACGCCUAUUUCUGGUCGCAUGCGGCAUCUCAAGUGGAUUUAUACUAUAAUUUGGCCAUAACGUCGAAUUUCUGUGACGGUUUGCUUAUCCGUCUGCCCAGCUCCGUGACUGCCAGGCCCCCAAAGUUGUACUGGUUUAUUCGAAACGGACAUAACUCACUGACAACGUCCUCACUUGAUUGCCGAAAACUCUUGCCCCACUUUCUUCAUCACGAUCCCUUUUUCUCCGUCCUCAUUUUUCUUUUCUCUUCUAACUUCUGCCUUCUAAAUUUCGGUGCCUCUUGCCAGCAAUGCUUACGUCUCGAGGCCGAGGAGCGCCCUUCCUGCUCUGCCUUGUUACGGCAUGAUUACUUCACUAUGGAAAACUUCUCACGCAUCUUUCUUGAGGAACUUCGCACCAAGAUCAACCGCGAAGUGGAACGCAAUCCGCUUCUCAAAGCACCUGCGACUUCAGCCGUUGUGACUGCCUCUACCUCUACUUCUAUUACUGAUCCUAUUAGCAGGCUUACUAAGUCCCCGCUCAAUCCAACUGGUGCCAAGAUCGCAGCCAUAGGAACAACCGAUUCGCCUGCUGGAACCAGACUAAUGCAGGCAGUUUCCCGGUUAGAGCCCACUUCUUUGGGCCAUGGAACUACGGCCAAUGCGGAUGACACAGGCCUUUUGGACUUUUUUUACAACAGCACUAGCAGUCGUCUUCAUCUGUUGUGGUUACAUCUGGGUCUCAAGGGUCUGUGGGCCAGUCGUCAUCGUCGAAUGGACAACUCCAUUUGCCCCACUCUCUGCACCAGGCUGAAAGGCAACCAGUAA